AUGAAGUCGAACCUGGAUCUUGUGAAUGAUACUGAUGGCUUCCCCUAUGGCGAUGGCCCCAUCACCGUCGACGGGCAGGGCCUCUUCACGCUGCUCUGGCGCGACGCCGGCGGCGACUACCCGAUUGGCUACGUGCUGGACCGCGUGGUCGACGAGUUCGCCAAGCUGCCCGCCUCGCUGACCGGAAACAUGCAGGUGGACCGGUCGGUGCGGACGCUGCGGAUGUUCCACGACCUCGCGGACGAGCCGUCGCGCACCGCCGCCGUCGCAGCGCUGACGGCGCACCUGCGCGCGGCCGACACCUUCCCGCUGCUCCGGGGCUGGCGGGACGAGGCCUGGCCGGUGCACGGGCGGCGCGGGGGCGAGCUACUGUUCAGCAUGGAGCGGGCGGCCGUCGGGCUGUUCGGGGCGGUGCGCUAUGGGGUGCACCUGACCGCGUAUGUGGCGGCCGGCGACGACGCGGGCCUGCGGGUGUGGGUGCCGCGGCGCGCGGCGACCAAGUCGACGUUUCCGGGGAUGCUGGACAACACGGUCGCGGGCGGGCUGACGACGGGCGAGGACCCGUUCGAGUGCGCGGUGCGCGAGGCGGACGAGGAGGCGAGCCUGCCGGAGGCGGUGGUGCGCGGAGGCGCGAGGCUGGUCGGCGUCCUCACGUACGUGUACGUCACCGACGGGCCCAACAACGGCGAGGCCGGCUUCGUCUACCCCGAGGUCGAGUGGGCGUACGACUUGCAGCUACCCCCGGACGUGGUCCCGCGGCCCAAGGACGGCGAGGUGGACGAGUUUUACCUGUGUGACGUGCCGACGAUCAAGCGCGACCUGGCGGCGGGCAAGUACAAGACGAAUUGCGCGGUGGUGAUGCUCGACUUCUUCAUCCGCCACGGUUUGUUGACGGCGGAGGAGGAGCCGCAGCUGGCGGAGAUUCAGCGGAGGAUGCGCAGGGAGCUGCCGUUCCCGGGGCCGCACUGGAGCAACUGGAGCUGUGCAUGA